CAUAAUAAAAGUGAGGGGCUAUGAGUGAGGCGGACAGAAAGAAGACAUCUUCAAGACAACCAGAUCGACGUGCAGGACAUUCACGAUGAUGAUGAUGAUGAUGAAGAACCCCGUGACUCUGAUGACCUGCUCCUUGCUCUUCUUGUCUCUCGCCGUCCCGGCAUAUCAAGGCCGCUUUGGUCCAGACGAGUGCUGUUUUCAGUUCAUCUCCACGAAGCUGCCUAGAAACCGGGUGGUGAGCUACAAGUUCACAGACGAGCGCUGUUCAAUGAAAGGAGUCUCCUUCACGAUGAAGAACGGAGCUAAAAUCUGUGCCGACCCGUCUGAGCCGUGGGUCGAGUCCCUCAUCAAGGCCAAAGAGAGGCUCCGAAGCUACCGAGCCAAAUGACUCCUGUAACGCCACACGUACAAAGGCGAUGAUUCAUCCUCAUAUAUAGCUUUCUAUGUUAUAGAUCAAAAAUAAAUGCAAAAUAUAUAA